GAGGCUCCGCAGGCAGCGGGGCGGGGCCAGGCACGCCGGGCAGGAGGCUGCUCCGUCCGGCCGGAACCCGCCUCGGCGGCCUAGUGAGAGCAGCGACUCGGCUCGGCUGGAGCGCGGCCCGACAGUAAAAUGGAGGAAUUGAACCAAGCACUGACUUCCAGCUUCGCUGUGUCUCAGGACCUGAACAGCACAGCAGCCCCUCACCCCCGACUGGCACAGUACAAGUCCAAGUACAGUUCCCUGGAGCAGGCAGAGAGGAGACGUCGGCUCCUGGAACUUCAGAAAUCUAAGAGAUUGGACUAUGUGAACCAUGCCAGGAGACUCGCAGAGGAUGACUGGACUGGAGCUGAGAGGGAGGAGGAGGAGGAAGGUGAAGAUGCGGGCAAUGAGGAUAUGGACGUUGACGUGGGCAAGAAGUUGCCAAAGCGCUAUGCUAACCAACUAAUGCUUUCUGAGUGGCUGAUUGAUGUCCCCCCAGAUCUGGAACAAGAAUGGAUCCUGGUGAUGUGUCCCAUGGGGAAAAGGGCACUGAUUGUGGCAUCCAGGGGCUCCACUGCAGCUUACACCAAGAGUGGAUUUUGUGUCAACAGGUUCCCCUCCCUCUUGCCAGGGGGAAACAGGCACAAUUCGGCAACUGGGAAAGACUACACGAUCUUGGACUGUAUCUACAGCGAAGUGAACCAGACGUACUACAUCCUUGACGUGAUGUGUUGGAGGGGGCAUCCCGUUUAUGACUGUCAGACAGAUUUCCGAUUCUACUGGUUUCAUUCUAAGAUACAAGAAGAGGAAGGACUGGCAGAGAAAAGUAGGAUUAAUCCAUUUAAAUUUGUGGGCCUGCAGAGUUUCCCCUGCACCCCAGAGAGCCUCUGCGAGGUGCUGGCCAUGGACUUCUCCUUUGAGACAUGCUGGAAGCCAACUCAGCUGCAACUCGGCUCCCAUGCAAUGGAACAACAGUAAAGGAAGGUCUUGUUGUUAAAGCACUAGGCUGAGACUCCGGAGACUGCAGUCAUUUCCCACCUCUGCCACAGAGACCAUGUAUGGCCUUGGACAAGUCACUUCAUCCACCUGCAGCUUUUCUCCAUCUGUGAUCUUGGAUAACCAUACUUCCCUGCCUCAUGUGGUGAGGACAGAUUCACCUGUGGCUGAGGUGUUUAGAUCCUACAGUGAUGGGGGGGGGGGCAUAUAUAAACCUACAUAGAAAGGGAGACCACCAUUCCUCAAUUACCCCAAGCCAAAUGCCUCUCUGACUCUCAACUGCAUCUCUUGAGCUCUCUGGGCCCAUGUAAGCAAUUACAACAAAUGCAGACUGAAACAUACUGACAAGCAAAUGCUAGAUUUGCUGGUAACACUUGAUUGUCUGAUGUCUUCUUUUUAAGGCAAAGAUAGUCAUCAGAUUUGGCCGGCAAGUCUGAGUCCUCUGAAUGGCAGUGCUGGAAUUGUACUAAGCAAAGAGCAGGAUGCCCAGAACGUCUAUAAAGCCUUUAUGAUUCUUUAACCAAUAGGCUCUCUUGCCUGCCAAAACUUGAAGAAUCUGGCAGCCUUAGUGACAUCUUUGGCCCGAAAGCUUAAUUCUGCCUCUAGACAUCUCCCCCUGGAAAAGAGCUGUAGAACGUAACCCCAUUGAAGGAGGAGUAGAAAGUUCCAGGAAGAUACUGAAAUUCUCAAUAGACUCAAUUUUCCUCUCUGGAUUUAUCAAACUCUCUCAUGUAUCCCAGUCACAAUUUGUCCCCGGGUGUCCAGCCGUGGAAGGCUAGUGCAUCAACAUGCUGUGUCAUCACGCUGACCCUUGUCUAAUUUGGUGCAAGUUGUAGCUCUGAGUUCUCUUCCUAACCAGUACUGACACAGAAAUAGGUCACCAAGCAUUCACUAAAGAAAACUGAAUGAAUGAUCAUGUUAAAUUUGCCACCAGAGGGAGCUCAUGAAGUCCCUGUAAUGUAGCAUGGACAAAAAGAAUUAAAACUUGCGGGCUACAGGUGGACCAAGUCUUGCUUACGGACUGCAUCCUAUGAAAACCAAAUGAAUUUGCUAUGUUUGGCUGCUUCAGGAAAGCAAAAGUGAAUUUUCCCCAUUUGUUAAUUAUGGAGGGAUGUAUAGUGCUCAUGCUGUUCAAAUGAUCUCUUGCAGGUGAUGGCAGUGAGUUUAGCCAAAUUUUUCAUACCUCGGUCCCUAAAGUGAAGUUUCUGACUCCAAAUUUAAGACCUGAUCGAAAGCCCAGUGAGAUCAGUGGGAGUCUUUCUGUUGAUUUCAGUGGGCUUUCGAUCAGUCCACUGGCCUUUUUAAAUAAAAGUGAUUUAUGAGUCUGUUUUUCAGAGAUGCACAAAUCUGGUGGAAGUAAUUGAAAAUCUUAUUGAAGUCAAUUGGAGCUGUAGGUGCUUGGCUCUUUGGAAAAUCACAAGCCUCUUUUACUUAGGUAUCU